UGAAGACCAGUUUCGUCUGCACUUCCAGUUAUUGCUAUUACCUGUAGGACUUUCAAUCCUAUUUCACCCUUGCCACCCUUCCCUCAAACAGUUUUCAAGUAUCUAUUUCUGUGGAAGUCAUUUUUCUCAUUGAAUGAUCAGAAACAAAGAUAAAUUCUAACCUUUAACGGCUCAUUCCGACUCAUUGCUUACAGUAGAUCUAAGCUCUUUUUUCUGCUUAUUCGACUCCUUCCAGCUUCCCAUCACAUCUGUAACAAACUUUUUAAAUGAUAUUGCCACACUGCCAUGCACAAGCCUACCUGCACAGUAGAGAUAGAUUCCAUCACAUUCAGAUGGUUAACAGAGGUUAGCACGUCCUGUGUUUAUAUAUAUAUUUAUAUCGCUUUCUAAGAAAGUGCAUAUUAAUGUUUACUUUAAAGAAUAUGUAAAUGGUGCUAUGAAGAAAUCUGAUCAAUUUUAUCCCAGUCUUUUUGUGUACCACUUCGAAUGUAUGAGAUUUAUUUUUCUAUUGGAAAAAAAAAAAAUAAACAGUCUGAAAUCAUUACAAUUGGUAGAUUUUAGUAAUUUUACAGUGAAUUGAAUCCCUAUGUCAUAGUAUCAUUGAAAAUUUUAAUGAUGGGUCAUGCAAAUUGCAACAUGCUUAUUGACAAUACUCACGCAUUUAUGUCUGGACACCCUUCAGUCCGUCUGCUGACACCUAAGAGAGUAUAGUUUUUAAUUUCAACACAGAUGUAUUGUCUACGUAUUCAAAAUUUUAAAUGUUGUGAUGCAGAUAUGGGAGAGGAAAAAGAAAAAAGAAAAAAAAAAAAAAAAGUUGAGUGUUACUGUUUACCACAGAUUCACAAACUUAGACUGGUUUAUUCUAUAGGUGAUAGAGAUUCAAAUGGUGUUUCUUAAAUCCAAGGCUAUUAUGGCUUAGCAUGUCACUAUCUGGUGCAAUGCAGUCCCUGUACAUAUAAUAUGCUGCAUCUUUACUAAAAAUGCUUGAAAAGUCUACUGAACAAGAGAAAAAUAUUUUCUAUUGUAGUUAUAUACAUAAGUUGCUCCUAGAAGUUUGCUUCUUUUUUUUUUUUUUUUUUCCUUAAACACUUAAUAGAAUAUAAUUGCUGCAAAGAUAUGUUGAUGCCUUUUGUUUAAAGGGUAAGUACUGUGCUGCUUUAAAUGGUUCUUAGCCGAUAAUUUUAUAUCCAGCACAUUUUGCUUGUAACUGUAUUCAUAUCUUAUUGCACUUAAAUAUUAUAGGCUAAUUCAUUUAGGUUUUAUUAUUAUUUUUAAAGUACAAUAUUUUUUUCUAUGCAGAUUAAUACUAGAACCUCAACCUCUAUGUUAUAUAAGCAGAAAAAUAUACAGAGACAUUUACGUUGCAUAUAACCAUACAUACUGCUAUUUGUAAAUGAAACUUUCUCUUCUGCGAUUAAAGUUAAAAUGUAGUAUAAUUUCACUUUUAUAUUGCAGUUAUAGUUUAAACUGAAAGCUUUGGGUAUUUUACUUAUAUUUUUUUAGGGAUAAAUUUAAAUAUGUAGCUUUAAAGAAAAAAGUUUUAUGGAAUUAUAGCAGGUGAGCAGCUGUUUUCACAUUGCUACAAAAGUUAAAGUUUUGCUUAAUCACAUUAAUCAGAAAGAAGUGAGACUACAAAAUCCAUUUUAUUUAAUCUCAUUAUUGAAUAAACAGCUCUGUAGUGAUGCCUAUUUGUACUUGUUUCUCUAAUAAAAAUGCAACUGUAGCUCUCAACACAAAUUAGUUUUAAUUAUUUAAAUGAUAUGAAUUUGUCAAACGUAAAUAAUCUAACACCUGUUUUGCCUUUUCAUUUUAUGAAAAAAAUGUUUCGUGAAAACUAAUAGAGGAUGAUAGUGGGGAAUAACAAAGGUAGGUCUACAUAUUUUUUACAAUUGUAUUAUUUUUUUAAAAAAUGCAAGCAUGAAUGGAUUACUAUCUAGCAGGAUGAAGAAGCAGUCUGUUUCACUGCUAUGCAAGGUCACAAAAGAAAACAGCAAAAUAGAAAACUAUCUCACAUACACUGGGUCAACGAAACUCACUUGUCCUAUGCUCAUCUCUGAGAAUUGGUGAGAGUGGUUUACAGUAUAGCAAAUCAUCACAUGAAUACAAUGCUAACAUUACAAAACAAUGACUUAUGGCUUUUGAGAUGCUUAAUCAAAGCACAAAAGGCUGCUGGUCACCAGUCUAUGUGAAAGAAGCCACCUCAGGCAAAGGAAAUGAAAAAAAAAAAAAAAACAAACAAACAAAAAACAGAGUUUCCCUGUUUUGUAUUUGUUUUAGUAACUUCAUUUUUGCAGAUCUGCCUGACUAUACAUUAAGAGUGCCCUAAAUGUCAGGAGGGUUAUAAAAAACAUUUGUUAGCUAACUCUGAAAAUUGAGGUUUGUUUGUUUGUUUUUCCAUAUAAUAGUAUGAUCAUAUUUCUUGUUUCUGUUUCAUGCUACAUAUUGUUUUAAAAUAAUUGCCAUUUAAAAUUCUGCAUGUCUUAACACACUACCCUGAAUUCAUUUAUCAUUUGGUUGAGGAGGUAAAUUAAACAUGUAAUCUAGUUGUGGUUGCUGGUGCUGGCUUUAUACAGCACUUCAAGCAGUGAUAAUUUGUAUGACUUUCUGUAUAUUAAACCAUGCUUUAAUAUUGAUUGUGUUUGUGGUGUAUUAAAUGUUAUCCUUUCUUGGUAAAGGAAAUGUGAUAAGCAGGUAGUUACUCCUCUAAAUCAACAAGGCAAUUUUAGAGUAACAUGAAGCUGUUGAAACCUACUGUUCAGUAGUUUAGCUGCCAGAUUAAUCACCUUUAUUGUCCUUUCUGGCGGUUUCUCUGCUCCUCCAUGCAAAAUAUUUCCAUCAGUAAGGCUUAUCAUGAGAACUUAUGAAGCUCCAAGGAUAUGAUCAUAUGAUCAUCACAGUUAGUGUUGUGCCCUAUGUAGCAAUAAUAUAACAUGUUU